GGGGUUAGCGAUACGGAAUUUCAAUUUGACGCUUUCAUCAUAUACAGUAGCGCGGACGAGGAGUGGGUUAAGACGAUUCUACUUCCGAUUCUAGAAGAAAAGAAUGCAUUGAAAUGCUGUAUUCACUACAGAGAUUUUGUACCUGGAAAGCCUUUUAGAGAAAAUAUGGCAGACAGCGUUUACACAAGCAGGAAAACCAUUGCUGUGGUGUCUCACAAUUUUUUUAAAAGCCAAUAUUGCCAUCAUGAAAUGGAUAUGGCCCUUGGUAGAUCAGUCAAAACAGGAGAUAAUAGUGUAAUUGUCAUUAAACUCGAUGAUGUCGAUGGAAAGAAACUCCCUAAAGCUCUUAAAGAGAGAAGCUAUAUCGAUUAUUACAAGUUGAAUGACAAGGCAGCGUGGGAGAAACAGCUGAUUCAUUGUUUAAAAGUCUCUGUUCAACAUAGGCUUACAAAAACUAGUUUUGUUUAUUCUGAGACGGGGGAAGUUUGUGUGUGA